GCGUUGGGUGCAGGAGAAGGUGCUGAGCAGAGAGAGAGAAGCCCAGGCAGCAGGCGCAGACACCUCCACGCAGCGAGCCACAGAGGUUUUGCAGCACAGUUCAGUGUGGCGGCCGGGAUCCGACCUCCUAAAACCAUGCUGGAUUGACUGCAGAGAGGCAACUACAAUCAAUGGCUUGGCUUUGAAAUCGUUGAAAAUUUAUUGGAAAGGAGUGCGAGACAGAGCGACAUUGGGAGAGGGAGAGAAGCGAGAGUGGAGAGAGGGGAGGAAAUAAAGAUCCUUUUCAACGAUGGAGCUUACAAUGGAAAACAUCGGCAAUCUGCACGGCGUAUCUCACUCCCAUCAGACGAGCGACUUAAUGAACUCCCCUCACGCGCGCCAGUCGUCGGCGUCGCAUCGGAACUUGGUGUCGCACGGACGGUCGGCCAUGGUGUCCAGCAUGGCCUCCAUCCUGGAGGGAGCGGGGGACUACCGCACAGACCACGCUCUGUCCGGCCCCCUGCACCCGGCCAUGACCAUGUCCUGCGACUCCGGCAUGAGCCUGAGCAGCACCUACACCACGCUGACGCCUCUGCAGCACCUGCCCCCCAUAUCCACCGUGUCGGAGAAAUUUCACCAUCCGCACCCGCACGCCCACCAUCACCCGGCGCACCAGAGACUCGCCGCCGGGAACGUGAGCGGCAGCUUCACCUUGAUGCGGGACGACCGCAGCCUCGCCUCCAUGAGCAACCUGUACGGCCACUAUCCCAAAGACAUGUCCGGCAUGGGCCAGCCGCUGUCCCCGCUGUCCAACGGGCUGGGCUCCUUGCACGGCUCCCAGCAGACGCUCGGCGCCUACGGCCCCGGAGCGCACCUCUCCAACGACAAGAUGCUCUCGUCGGGGGGAUUCGAGCCCCACGCAGCCAUGCUGUCCCGAGGGGACGAGCACCUGGCCCGGGGUCUCGGGGGCCACGGAGCCGGGCUCAUGACAUCUCUGAACGGCAUACACCAUCACAGCCAUCCGCACUCUCAGGCAAACGGAUCUAUGCUGUCGGACCGGGACAGGCAGACGGUGGUGGGAGGCGGGCAGGGAGCCGGGUCGGGCCAGGUGGAGGAGAUAAACACCAAGGAGGUGGCACAGCGAAUAACGGCGGAGCUCAAGCGCUACAGCAUCCCACAGGCCAUCUUUGCUCAGAGGAUCUUGUGCCGGUCCCAGGGAACUCUGUCUGACCUGCUGCGGAACCCUAAACCGUGGAGUAAACUCAAGUCUGGCCGGGAGACGUUCAGGAGGAUGUGGAAGUGGCUGCAGGAGCCCGAGUUCCAGCGGAUGUCAGCGCUCAGGCUUGCAGCCUGCAAGCGCAAAGAACAGGAGCAACACAAGGACCGCAACACAGCACCCAAGAAGCAGCGUCUAGUUUUCACGGACCUGCAGCGGCGCACACUCAUCGCCAUCUUCAAGGAGAACAAGCGUCCGUCCAAGGAAAUGCAAAUCACCAUCUCCCAGCAAUUAGGAUUGGAGCUCAGCACCGUCAGCAACUUCUUCAUGAAUGCACGCCGCCGCUGCGUGGACCGCUGGCACGAUGACCACGGCAACAGCCCCGGGCAGCCGGGCACAUCUGCUACCACCUUCUCCAAGGCCUGAGAGGAGGAGGAGGCCUUCACAGGGCUGGGGAGCCAGGUUGGAACAACAGGCAACACAGGAAAUUGGCUGUGAAAACCUGUCUAUAACAACCCUUUCCAGCCUGGACCAUCUGAAUGUGUCCUCUGCCUGAAAAAUCCUUUGUGCCAUGCAAUCACCCUUGUUUUUUUUAAAAAUCAGUCAAAAUCUCUAGCUCACACAUGAAAGAAGCAUAAUAUAAGAGGUGAAGUGUGCAGUCAGGUCCAUUACUCACAAAGGGACAAUCAUUGAUUUUGUCUUUUCUUUUUUUUUUUUUUUUUUGUGGAAAGAAAAUUAUUUUAUGGCAUCUGAUGAAGCAAAGAAACACCAAAGAUUUGAUCUUUUUUCUUGGACGGUACAUUUUGCCGGCCUCCUUCUUCAACUACCCAAGUAGCCACCAUCACUGCUUUAUUUUCUUUCGUCAACUCACCUCCUUUGUGUCUGUCUCCUUAUACUUACAUCUCCUCUACGCCAGCACAUGGAAGCAACAAGGGCGAAAGAACGGCAAUAAAUCUGACAAGACAACAGCACAUAGCCUUAUUAUCAGAGCCCCGUCCUGCACACACAAGGCCGUCUUAAAGAAAACAACACAGCCUAUGAAGAAAAAAAAAAAAAACCAAAACAACAACAACAAGGCUUUCCAAUUCUCCGCCUCCACCUUCCCCCUCCUUCAAUAGUCUCCUUCAUUCCUCGACCAAAGGUAUUCCCUGAUGGCCAGCCAUUUCAGAGAGCAGCUCAGCCUGAUCAUACAGCAAACUAAUGAAUUGAAAAAUGAAUCGAUGCAGACAGCGAGAGUGGGCCCUUGACCCCCUCCUGAAGGUGAAACUAAAGACGCUCGGCAGGAGAUACUCAGGUCUUCCAGGCCCAGGUUAUAUUUUUGCACAGAUGUCAGAGGCCUGUAGGGAGACGUGUCGUUGUUACUCUUUAGCCUGAGCCCAGAGUCCGGUUUUCUCUGACCACCAGGAGAGGUGGAUGAGACGUCUGGACAUGCUCUUUGUUCUGCUGGGAGCCUUUCCUCUAAUCAAUAACUGUGAACCAAACGAUGACAACAACACGCUUGGGGAUCCAGCCAACUACAUUACAGCUGCAUAUGAAAAGCAGAGUGUAAGAGGAGCACACGGAACCCGGUGGAGAUGGGGGCACAAAGG